UGUUAUAAAAUCUGAAUCAAAUACAGUUCAUAGAACGCGUAAACGAAAUGACUAGAGGGUUGACAGAUUUUCCAAGUACUAAACCUGUGUGGAAACUUGGAAACCAACAUCUGUAGUUGUGAAAGACUCGUGUGACUUUGAGAGUAAAUACAAAUCCAAAUCUCACCGACGCGUGAGAAUCGAAAUCUGCCAUCACAAAUCUUCCCUCUCUACCAGCAAUGGCCUCUCCGCCGACGCUCCCGAUCUCCAACCCUCAAUCGGAGUCUCAGCCGCCGAUCGCCACCCCCGCCUUCCGCGCCUUCAUAUCCCGCCUCAACGCCAACAUACGCAACGGCCUCGCCCAGCGCCGCCCCUGGCUGGAGCUUGUCGACCGCUCCUCUUUCUCCCGUCCCGACUCCCUCACCGAUGCCGCCUCUCGCAUCCGCAAAAAUUUCUCCUAUUUCCGCGUCAACUACGUCUCCCUCGUGGCCCUCUCCCUCGCCCUCUCUCUCCUCUCUCAUCCCGGCUCCCUCCUCGUCCUGCUCGCCCUCCUCGCCGCCUGGGUAUUCCUCUACCUCUUCCGCCCGGCGGAUCAGCCUCUGGUGCUCGGCGGCCGCACGUUUUCCGAUCGGGAGACUCUGGGGGUUCUGGUGGUGUCCACCAUAGUUGUGGUGUUCCUCACCAGCGUCGGAUCGCUGCUCAUAUCCGCCUUGCUCCUCGGCCUCGCCGUGGUCUGCACGCACGGGGCGUUCCGGAUGCCGGAGGAUUUGUUCUUGGAUGAUCAAGAGCAGGUCAAUACCGGAUUUCUAUCGUUUCUAGGCGGCGCCGCCUCGUCCGCGGCGGCAGCGGCCGCGCCUGUUGUCGCAACUCGCGUCUGAUUAUAGAUCUGAUGCGAUCUGAUGUUUUAUUGCGGAAAUCAACACACAAGAUUGACUACAAAAAUUUCUAGCAGUAUGAAAGUUUAGUCAUUUACAUGAGACUCGGACAAAUGAAAUGAUUGUGGGAAAACCAACUUCAAACAGAGUUUUGAAGAUCGUAGUUCAGAAUUGAGACAUCUACUAAGAAGUAGGAUUUUAACUUACAUCUUGUCCAUCAUUUACCAUAUCAUGUCUUUUUUUAGUUUUAGCAACUACAGAUUAAAAGGAUGAUGCUUUUGUUAGAAUGUCUUGUUUGGCACUGCAGAUUAAAAGGGUGUUUCUAAGCUUAUUUGGGAGACGUUAUAAUUCUUAGCGGUUUUAUGAUGUUU